AUGCUCGAUCCAUAUUCGACCCUAUUUCUUCUCCUAUUCACUUCAUUAGGAUAUACUGAUGCUGACGAUCCAGAAAAUGGAGCACCGGUUAUUAUUGAACAUCCUUUGGACGUUAUUGUCUCAAAAGGAUCUCCAGCCACUUUGAAUUGCGCGGCGAAACCUCCAGGGGCGCAAAUCACUUGGUACAAAGAUGGUCAGCCGGUUACUACCAAUAAGGAUCAAGUGAAUAGUCACCGAAUAAUUUUGGAUACUGGUGCAUUAUUUCUGUUGAAAGUUAGCAGUGGAAAGAACGGAAAAGAUGGGGAUUCUGGUUCAUAUCAUUGUGUUGCACGAAAUGAACAUGGUGAAGCGCAAUCACGUGAGGGAACACUAAAAAUUGCAAUGCUUAGGGAUGAUUUCCGGACACGACCUCGGACAGUUCAAGCACUAUCAGGCGAUAAAGCUAUCCUGGAAUGUUCACCUCCACGUGGUUUCCCGGAACCGGUAGUUAGUUGGAGAAAAGAUGAUCGUGAAUUAAAAUUUUCUGAAAUUCCCCGGAUGACGUUGCAUCCUGAUGGGAACCUUAUCAUCGAUCCCGUGGAACACGGUGAUUCCGGGACUUAUCAAUGUGUGGCAACUAAUAUGGUAGGAGAAAGAGUUUCGAAUCCAGCGCGACUCAGCGUCUAUGAAAAACCGAAGUUUUUGCAAGAACCAAAAGACGUCACUGUUGACGUCGGCUCAUCUGUACUUUUCGACUGCCGGGUAUCGGGUGAACCGCAACCUCAAAUUAGCUGGAAAAAGAAAAACGAUCAAAUGCCAGUAGCCAGAGCCUAUAUAGCAAAGGACAAUAGGGGUUUACGAAUUGACAGAGUGCAAGUUUCGGAUGAAGGUGAUUAUGUCUGUUACGCUAGAAAUCCGGCUGGUUCGAUCGAAUCAUCAGCCCGAUUAAAAGUUCAGGCACCUCCAACUUUCCAAACAAAACCAACCGAUCAAACUGUCGCACACGGUUCUAUUGCCACAUUUGAUUGUGUACCUGUAGGCCAACCGACUCCAGCUUAUUUUUGGAGUAAAGAAGGGCAACAGAAUCUACUGUUCCCCGGUCACGUAUCGGCUGAUGGCCGUAUAAAAGUAUCCUCGUCUGGAACGCUAACGAUUGCGGAUGUUCGCCCGAUAGAUGAGGGUGCUUAUGUUUGCGCUGCAAUGAAUUCAGCAGGAAGUUCGCUUAGCAAAGCCUUGCUGAAACUUUCAACAAAGACUAUCCUGGCACAACCUCCACCAGUCAUCGAGUACGGCCAUCAAAAUCAAACGUUAAUGGUCGGAUCAUCAGCCACCUUACCAUGUCAGGCUAGCGGUCGUACACCGCCUAGGAUAUCAUGGCUACUUGACGGGAAUACUGUGGAUACGACAAAAGAUAAUCGUUAUAGUCAACAUUCAAGCGGAAGUCUUCAUAUUGCGGAUCUCAAGAAAUCCGAUACUGGUGUUUACACAUGUCGAGCGAAGAAUGACGAUGGAGAAUCUACGUGGACAGCAUCGUUAAUAGUUGAGGAUCACAACACCAAAUCAGUUUUUUCUCGGAUGCCUGACCGAUCAAAUUUCCCAUCUGCACCCUCGCAACCAAUAGGUAGCAAUGUUUCAGAUACAGAGGUUGAUCUGGAAUGGCGAGCACCGGAAAGGAAUGGGGGUAGCCCCGUAACGGGUUAUAUUAUACAGUUUUUCAGUCCUGAAGUGGGAGAGACAUGGUUGAACGUGCCUGACUACAUAUCUGGGCCAAGGUAUCGUGUGAAAAAUUUGAGACCAUCCCAGACAUAUGUGUUUAUUGUCCGUGCUGAAAAUGACAAAGGAAUAGGACCACCUAGUCCAAUUUCUCCCGUUAUAACAACAAUGGCGAGAAAUGCACAUUUAUCUACUGAUGAUCUCGAAAACUUGGAUCUUGAACAAGCAACUAGACGUAUCACAUCCGAACAAUUGAUCAAACUAGAAGAGGUGAAAACAAUAAAUUCAACCGCAGUUCGUCUUUUCUGGAAGAGAAAAAAGGUGGAAGAUAUGGUGGAAGGAUAUUAUAUCAAAUGGCGUGGACCACCAAGAAGUAACAUCAACCAAUGGGUAAAUGUCAGUGGCGCACAUGUGGAAUCAUUUGUGGUCAAUGGUCUAAUGCCUUUUACAAACUACGAAUUCUUUGUUAUCCCCUACUACAAAUCUAUCCAAGGAGCUCCAAGUAAUUCCAUGGAUGCCCUAACUGCAGAAGCUCCACCAUCAUUGCCUCCUUCGGAAGUACAUAUUCGAAUGUUGAAUCUUACUACAUUACGGAUAGGAUGGAGAGCACCACCAGCUGAUGGAAUGAAUGGGAUUCUCAAAGGAUUCCAGAUUGUAAUUCUUGGGAAGGGAACGAAAUUUAAUCGUAAUAUCACCACAAACGAACGUGCAGCAAGUGUUACACUGUUCCAUCUAAUACCUGGUAUGACAUAUAAAAUCCGUGUAGCAGCUCGAACAAAUGCUGGAAUUGGUGUCAGUCAUGGGACAGAUACUGUUACGAUGAAUCAGGAAACACUGGACAAACAUCUCAGCCUACAUAACGAACAAGAAUCAUUUCUGUAUUCAUUAUCUCGUCAAUCAUGGUUUGCACUACUUGUAAUGCUACUCGUUUGUGUUUUCCUGAUCCUUGUGGCCAUAUUCGUUUUCUGGUACUAUAAAAAUAGCAAAGGUGCUAAGCGUGUGCAAAGCACUGAGUGGCAUCAGUUUCAGGAUCGUACAUUCAUCAAAAUUAAUGACGGAUCUGUUCAUAUGACACAAAAUGGCGUAUGGGAUCAUAAUCCAUAUAAUACUGCUGGACGUAUGACUUUAAAUAAUCGAUGUCCUGCCACUCAUCAACCAUACUCGGUCACUCCAAGUCAACAAGAUUUCUUCCAUGCACCAUGCGAUGAAUAUGUUGCUGGUACAAUGAAUCGGCCUGGAUCAGAACAUCAUUAUCACUAUGCACAAUUAUCCGGCGGCCCUGGAAAUACGCUUAGCACAUUCUACGGGAAUCAGUUCCAAGAUGAUCCUUCUCCGUAUGCUACAACAACAUUAGUAAUGUCAAAUCAACAACCAGCAUGGUUGAAUGAUCGUAUGUUGCGUGGACCCGUACUACCGAGUAAUCCUGUUCCAAAUGGACCACCAGCAAGGUAUGCUGAUCAUUCUGGACGUCGAUCACGUGGAAGUCGUGCGUCUGAACAUCGACAGACUAGCCAUCACUCUGACAGCCCUCCUCAUACUGAUGUCAGUUAUGUGCAGUUUCAAUCAUCCGAUGGUACUGGAGAAAGUUCUAACGGCCGAUCGAAACAAGGUACGAUAGCUGGACGUCGAAGUCCUCCAAAGCAUACAUUGAUGGACUUCAUUCCACCACCUCCUGCAAACCCUCCUCCUCCAGCAGAAGUGGCAUAUGAGAGCUCACCAAGAAGGCCUUUACCCCGCUCAUUGAAUGUGGAGGAUCCUUACGACUCUGUUUCGGAUGGGAUAGGUUUUGCGGACGAGAUGAAAGUUAGACCAACUAGUAGGAACAGAACUACAGGUAUUCGUCCACAAAAAGGAAAUCGAGACGAUGAUAGUCAACGAUCAUCUCUUAUGAUGGAUGAAGAAGGAGGAUCAUCCGAAGCCGAUGGAGAAACUUCGGAUUGUGAAGCACCUAAGCGGAAAACCGUUCCGCGAAUGGGUGUAUCUGCGAGUGCAUUGUCGCAAAGCAGUUAUGAAUCUGGUCGAUCCGCAUCACGGUUUAAGUCAAUACAACGAGGCAAACAGGACCAUCUGUGA